AUUGAAUUUCAGCUGUUCCUAAUACUUUGCUGUGGCUACGCGCUAACUGCAGAAACAAACGAUACGAAACAAAGUAAACGGGGAAUACCAGAAGCUGGCGGAUGGGUUGGAAUACCAAAUUCUCAUGGGUACGGUCAUGGACAACCAUGGUUAGGUGAUCCAGGUUGGAAAGGGCUCAAAUUUCCUCCCUUUAACUUAGCUCAUGAAGGAUUGCAUGGCGGAUUAUCAUACGGUAGAGUACCUGCUAUUUCUUUACCAAUUGGGGGGGCCAAUUUGUUGAAAACGUUUCCGGUAUACAUAACGAAACACGUGGUUCUGGAAAGACCAGUUCCUGUUCCACAGCCAGUUUACAUCGAGAAACCGUAUCACGUGCCAGUUCCGAUCGAAAAGAUCAUUCACAGACCGGUCCCGGUUCCCAUUCCGAUACACGAGGCAGUUCCGGUCCCGGUGGAACGCCCAAUUGCAAUACCGGUGAAGCACCCCGUGGCGGUGCCAGUACAACAACCGUAUCCAGUACCGGUAAAGCAAGCGUUUCCAAUACCGGUCCCGGUUCCAGUUCCGAUUCCGGUCCAUCCAGCUCCGAUCCCGCUGAUUGGCGCUGGUCCGGUUGGCUCACCGGCAUACGACGGUAGAGGUUAUGGCGGUGGUCCCUUUUAUCCUGUGUUGCAUGGCCACGGGCUGCAUGGCCAUCCGUUGCCCGCGCAGUUCGUUCAUGGUUUUGGCGCCGGUUUUGGACACGGUUUCGGCCACGAGUACGGUCACGGCCACGGUUACGACUAUCCACAUGCGUACGCUGCCGACUUCGGUCAUGGACACGAACACAAAAAGCGAAGCAAGAAUUGAAGCGCCGAUUCUCAAGAGAGAGGCUCUUUAACCCCUUAACUUUUUCGCGACGAAUUUUCUACCAACGAUAAAGGCAAUAAUAAUUUGUACUGUAGUAUACAUUGAACUAGAUAAAACAUAUCUUUGAAACUGGGAUAUAUAGUCCCAGUCAGUCUUUGAGAUCAGUUUCCUCCAAUUUCAAAAUGGUAGAUAGGAUGUUUUAAUUAACAUAAUUCAAAAGGGUAGAAUGUAUUAACAUUCGUUUGUUACAAUGAACUGAGGCUUGUUAAUAUAUAAUUAACUUGGAGGAAUUAUAUAUGAAAGUUUAAAAAAUAAGUGUUAUUGCAUUUGUUAAAAGCUCCAAGUUUUGUUAAUUUAAUAUAGUACUUUUAAAUAAGUAUUCUGUGAAAGAGUGAGGACUUGUUGUAGAUAAUAUGUCUCAUGUAUUUAUAUACAUUGACACGUAAUUAAGUAACGAUAUCGAAGAUUAUAGUUUAUAAUUUUAGAAUCAAGACAGAACAGUUUUUGUUAUAGUUAAGGAAAAAUAUUUGUCAACUUACUAUUCUUUUUUUUUGUUCUAUCCCUCUUGCUUUUCAAAAUACACACUGUCGAGGUA